CGGGCCGGCCGGGUGCCGCCGCCCCCGCCCCUGGCACCAUGGACACGCCGCCCAUCACGCCUGGGGAGCUGCUGUGUCUGGGGUCCAGCCUCGCCUUCUCCGGCCUCUUCUACUACCUGUACAGGAAGAAAGCCAGAGUCGUGGCACGCAUACAGGAGGCCCCAAAGCUCCAGGUUGAUGACGAUUUAGCAGCACUGGUGUCUGCGGCUGAUGGGAGAUGCCUGCCUUACGUUGCCCUGGAAGGCAUAGUGCUGCCAGCCAAGGCUGCGCUGACCAGCCAUUACCAUGAGGGGCUGCAGGGCGUGAUCCAGAAACUGCUUCUGAAAGAGCAUCGGCUGAUCUGGAACAGCUUGGCCCGGAGCUGGACUGAGAGCGAGCGGGUGCUCUCGGAGCAGGUCUACACUGUCCCCUUCUUGCUGGCCUCGCCAGACACCGAGGCGGUGACGCAGGUGAGCGUGGAGAGUCCGCUCCGAGCCAUCUGCCUGCCGCUGGAGACGGUGUACGAGCGGUUCCAGCAGCCAGCCCACGGCUUCCGCGACCUGCUGGGCCAGUACUUGAGCGGGGAGAAGCCCAAGGGCAUCCUGGAGACAGAGGAGAUGCUGCGGGUGGGGGCCGGGCUGACAGGCAUCGGGGAGCUGGCCCUGCACCCCGACGGCUCCCUGCACCUCCAGCCGCCGGCCCGGGGGGGCGAGUAUUUCCUGUGCCUGGGGGACUGGCAGACGGUGCUGGCGGAGCUGGAGUCGGCCAGUGGGCUCUGGAAGGGUGCAGCCCUGCUGUGUGCCGUGGCAGGCCUGGCCGUCCUCCUGCACGCCCUGUGCCGUGCCUACCGCCGCGCCCGCCUCAAGCAGCAGCCUGAGGACAAGGAGCCGGACGGUGAGGAGGCCGGGGAUGGGGGGACCGAGGACUCCUGCGUGAUCUGCCUGACGCGGCCCCGCGAGUGCGUCCUCUUGGGCUGUGGCCACAUCUGCUGCUGCUUCCGCUGCUUCCAGGCCUUGCCUGCCCGCCUCUGCCCCAUCUGCCGGGGGCCCAUUGACCGUGUGGUGCCCCUCUACCAGGCCUGA